CUUCCCCUUUCUCAGUGCUAGGGUUCAUGAUUCAUGAACUGGAGGCCUGAAACUUACUUUUAUUUCCCCUUCCACUGUCAACAGCUGUUCCAGUACGGUACCUAGGUAUUAGGUAUUGUGUUAGUCUGGUAAUGCCACUGUAUUUAUAGAGCCUCCUAAUCCGACUAUUUAUUUCGCUCUCUAGCUUGGCUGAGGAGUCACCAGGAGCAAGUGCUAAGGACAUCUUCAAGUUUUCUGUAGUUCAGAAACCUCUCAGGAGCUUGGGGUUUUCCAGGUUCGGCGAUGGUCCGCUUCCCAUUUGACCUAGAUCGAGGAUGGGUAUUGCAUCAGCGCACAGGACGGCUGGAGGAUAUUUAUACCUUAGAGGAGGAGCUUGGUCGUGGACAUUUCGGGAUCGUUAAGCUUUGCAGAAAACGUUCCGGAGGCGGACAGUACGCGUGCAAGUCGAUCAACAAGUCGAAACUCUCACACUGGGAGGACAAGGAAGAUGUUCGGCGAGAAAUCGAGAUCAUGCGAAGACUAGCUGGAAACCCUUACACUCUGAACCUGGAGGAUGUCUUCGAGGACGACAAAUGCGUCCAUCUAAUUAUGGAGCUCUGCGAGGGUGGUGAUUUAUUCGACGACAUCAGCAGCCAUGGCUUCAUGACAGAAACACAAGCAGCAGCCGUCUUCGAGGAGAUUGUGCUUGCCGUUAUGCACUGUCACGAGCACGGCGUUCUUCACCGCGAUUUAAAGCCGGAAAAUAUCCUCCUUGUACGAAGAUCAGGGGUCAGAACGCCAGCGGAAGCCGAUGACUGCAAGUCCCCGACAAGAAGCUUUUCGCUGACGCCUAGAGUUAAGCUUACCGAUUUCGGGCUAUCGCUCUUCGUGGACGCGCACAAGCAGGUCUACGGCGUCGCAGGAAGUCCGUUCUACCUCGCUCCAGAAGUCCUCUCAGGAAAUUACGGCCAUCAAGCAGAUAUCUGGUCUCUGGGUGUCAUGCUGUACAUGCUUUUGUCAGGAUCAGCUCCGUUCUUCGGGGAAACGGAGGACGAGGUUCUCGCAGCAGUUAAGCGCGGCAAGUUUUCGUUUUACCGGCCGAUUUGGGGAUCGAUUUCGCCUUUCGCGAAAGACCUUAUUCGUUGCCUACUCCGGCAGGAUCCGGCGAAGAGACCGACCGCUAGCGACAUUCUCCAGCAUCCGUGGUUCACUGAGGUGUUCCGAUCGCAGCAGCAGCAGCAGCAAGAGCAAGAACAGGAGAUGCAGAACGAUGAUUCCAAGCAGGUGGUAGAUAGCCUAGACAGCGGCUUCUCGAUUGACAACUCAAGCCAGUGCAUCUGUACAGGCGCAGUCCGCGGUCCCAGUCCCCUCAUGCACUCGCUCCUUCCCAGCUCGCCGGUUUCUCAUCUCCAGUGCGCGGCCGAAUUCAGCCCCGUUGUUUCCAGGAAAUUACCACAUGUUUCCCCGCAAACCCCACCGAGAUUGGUGCUCGAGACCCCUACCAGCUUGCUGUGUGCGAGCUCGCGGCUAUGCCUCUCUUCUUCUCUUGGCUCCGCGUUAGAUGAAGCGUCGGUUGCAGCAGACGGAGCUAGAUCGGAGCGGAUUGGAGGGUCGGAAUCGGCUGCAGGGGGAGCAGCAGCGGACGUUCAGGAAGAGACGUUGGAUGUGGCUCCUUCCUUGUGGGGUCUGUUUGGAGGCUACAGACCUAUGGUAAAACCGGAAGAGGCAUCAGAUUUUGCCGCCGCUGCAGUGCAAACCCCGCAGUCGCUUUCCUGCAGCACGUGGGGUCGGAGUCAGGCUACAGACGCUGUGGAAAUCGACUGGGUGUUUGGAUUCUGAACCCCUUAAAGCCAGCGGCCUGUUACUCUAAGGACAAAUUUACGGAAACCCCGUUCGCCACUUGGACAACUAAUCUCCCAUACGCAGCUGCAGCCAAUCAAACCGCAGCAUGCAGCACAGCAAAUGGUCGCUGGACAGGACAUGGGCGGACAGGCACGGAUCCUGGCCCGCUGGAAGCAAACAGGCGUUUAACUUAUAUGUCACGACAACUCGCGUGUACUCUAUGAGGAUGGCUGGGGAGCUUUACUGGCAUGAUACACGUUGCCAUGUUUGGUAGAUCAAGUGCUAACAGCAGGAGCUUACCCAUCAAGAGGGAUAGCCCUGAAGUAUUAAUGAUGCUGCUUUACGUCUCUAAACCGGUAUUGGUUUAUGUCAUCGAGCAAUGUAUGACUAACUUGUGUAGUACUAAAUUAUUAUGGUCUCGUUUGCAUACUGCAAGACUAUACUGGAUUGUGCCUUAGAGGGUACAACCCCUAGUCUAUAUACCCCUGUAUCCUUCUA